AGUAAGCCUGAAUUCAAACAUUUCUUCCCAAUCAAGCUUCUUCAGACUUUAAACCAAAAAUUCAUUUAUUCUUUCUCCUUUUCUAAUCAACAACUCCUACCAAUCCAUCCCAAUACUCUACCCUCACAAAUCCCUCUGCCAGUCUCUUCAUCCUUCUCUGCUCCAAUUAACCUUACUCAUUUCAAAUUCUUUAUCUUUCGACCUAACUUAGAUUGCACUAGUGAAGCUCUACUAGUGAUAACAAAGCAAUAAUCAUAUAAACCUUACAGGACCAACUUCAGAAUUUUCAUGACCCAAUCUUUAUCUCUACUUACACCAUCUCUAACAACUCCUGAGUCUCCCCAAAACCGACCUAUAUCGAUUCAUUUCUAAAACCAAAGGCAUACUUUUCAAUUGCCUCAAGCCCAAUAAAUCCUGGUCUUCUUCAGAGAGCCCACUUUGACUACUUAUAAUGCUAACAUCUGAACUAUUUACCUGAAUUUCACAGGGUUUUAAUAUGUUGAGAAAGGGAAAUAUAGGCCCAAGAGGACGGCCUAGAGGGACUUUGGCAGGGAUAAGAGAGGGGGUGAAUAGGAUUUGGGUGGAUGUUGGAAGGAGAUUGAUUUAGGUGAAGAGAUUGUUAUGAAGAAAUGUGAGAAGAUUUGAAAUUGGUUAUGAGGAGUUGUGUAUGCGAAUUUUAGGUAUCCGAAGACGUUUGUGAAACCUGAAGUGUUGACGUUGUUUUGAGGGAGUGUUAUGUGUGUCAAAUUUCUGAGAAAAAUGAGCUCUAUUGUUAUACCUGAGAUAAAUAGUAUGACGAUAGGGGGUAUUUAUACAAGAGACAAAUACGUUGGCCGUAUUAUUGAGAAAUGCUUUCCACAAAAAGUUCAUACUCUUCAGUUAUGUUCUGGAACUAAUCUCACUCCAAUAAGGAUUUUAUUUCCCCAAUUAAUGAAGCUCUCUAUAAAUGUUAAAGAAAUAGUGAAUAUGAGUGGUUUUGAGAUCAAUGAAAGACAAUUUAAAAGAAUAUUAGCUGCAUUUAGGCACAUAAAAUCUGUGAGCAUUAAACGUUCAAAGUUCUUGAUCCCAAAUAUACCAAAUUUAUCAUUAGCUUUAAAUAAUACUAAAAUUAAAAAACUGAAUUUCGAUUUUUGAGGAAAAGAAGAUAAUAGCAACUGGAAAGAAAACCCUCAAGAAUUCAUAAACCUCAUCAAAGGCAUCUCUAAAUCCCCCCAACUCACUCAAUCCCUCAACUCCUUAAGCGCCAUAAACUCCUUCUCCAACCCAGAACAAAUCAGACUCAUCCUCAGUACCACCAGCCUCUCCCACAUAAAUCUUUCCUUAUAACCCUUCUUAC